UAUUAUUAAUUGACGCAUCAAUAACUAAAGAUACCGUACUCACAGCAAAAUGGAUAAACAGUACAGCAAUAUCCUACAUGCACCAAAGCUGGAGAUGUAAACCCUCAACUAGAGGUAUAGAAAUUGUCAGCAUAAAGAUGAUGGUUUGUAUGGUGUAGAUCUGCCACCAAAUCCAGAACAAUCUUACCAGUCUUCCCAAUAGCACCCAGUCUCUCUGUCAUCCUUCCCAGCAUAGAUUGAAAAAUUUUUGCAAUAGCCAGUCUUGGCAUCGCAGAGUUCAAAGAAUUUCACACCAAAUUUAACCAGCUUAUCUGGCAUUCUCACCUUAAUGGAAAGCUUUCCUUUGAAAGGAACCAUCGCUUCAUUGAUGGAGAUUUCACGGGAACAGUUGAAAAGGUUCUUGAAUUUCUGAACAAUAUCAUGCUAAAGUCCUCUUACUUUGUACAAAGGGUCUUUCUUCUCUUCCUCCAUUUGUUCAUGGUCUGGAUCGCAAAAGAAUAUGUAUGAUGUUAAUUGGAAGAAAUGUUUUUGAGAGCAUAAAACGUUUUUCACUCCUGGAAUGUGAAAUAACUUUGUUUCUGAAGAUGACAAAUAGUAUCGCUUGUCGCGUGGAACAACAAUCAUGUCAUUUGUAAUGAUCAAUACAGCUAGAAAUGCCUUCAGCUCUUCAGAUGUGACCGGUUGCCAAUUUGGUGCUCGCUUUUUCUGAGCGUUCUUGUUUGCGAAUUCGACCAUUUUACGGAAGAUUUCCUCAGUGAAAAACAAUGAGAAAAAGUCAACAGCCUUACUGGAAUCAGGUAAGUUGAUUGUGAGAGCAGGUCUUAGUGUAAACAGUUACAUGUUUCCAUUGAAGCGCUGCCUCUCCCACUGCAUGUUUUCAGGCAAAUUAAAAUCAAAACCCGAAAACUCAUCUUCCUCUUUGUCGGUAUCAAACAGUUCUCGAAGGUCAUCAUCUUUCAGGCCUGAAAAUUCAGUUGAAGAUGAUAGUUCCGAUGCGGAAAGAUUGUCGUUCUCAUCUGAAGACAUUUAAAAAUGGCGUGGAUCGGUUCUUUUAAGCAUUAAAAUGUUCAAAACAAAAUAUCUUGCAAACACGGUGGCUCGUUGCUAGGCAUUUUCCUCCCAUAGCGUCCUUUUGGUCACGUGACCAAGCGGCCCUCCGAUGGCGUCGUUUGUUUGUGCUCAAAAUAAUGUUGCUUUCAAUAGCCGCUCGUUGGUUACGACAGCCAAUAUGAUUAUAUUUAGCCAUCAUAUAAUAGCCCAACCUUCCAACUACCGAUUUUUAAUAGUUCCGAUUGCAUAUGUUUCCGCUAGAGACGGAUUAUGACAUCUGUUUAAGUCCCACUCUAAGGCACAUUUCUGGGUUAAAAAUUGACUAGGACUGGACCAAACCGUCUUUUUCCAGGGUAGGGACAGUCUUCCCAUAUUAGCGCUUCUUUUCAAUUUCGGGAUCCCCCCAUAGGAUUGUUUGGGAGAGCAAAAAACUAAAUUGUGAUGUUAUGAUAGAGUGGUUCGUGGAGGAAAUUGCGAAUUUCUUUAUAUUUCCUUUUUGUAACCUCCCUAAUAUGAAAUAAAAAAGCUUUAUCGAUGCCUUUUGUCUUUAUUUAUUCUUGCUUUGGGAGCAGAGAGCUAUAAAUUUGUUUGUCUUAAACCCAGAGUUUAUUGGGUACUCGAAGCUUCUUGUUGGCCGCCAUAUUGGAUUCAUCACUGGCAUCGACCAUUCAUACAGCACAGCAAUAGAAGGACCUUUUACUGGCAAUUUUCGAUAUGGAACACAAUCUCUCAGGCGUUGAAGGGAAAGAGAGUCGAAAGCAAUCAUGUGGAAAAAGCAAAAAGUGCAGCAAGCCCAAUGCUCACCCUGGACGCUGUGAUUCAAAGAGAGUUUUUCAUGAGUUUUGGAAAAGUUCAACUUCGCAUAUAGCUUUGAAAAGGAAGGGUCAAUUAAAUGAAGAAAAUAGGAAAAUAGAAGAAGAACUUCACACCAAAAAGGCUCGUCUGGAUGAAGUUGACAAACAAGUGGAAAGCUCAGUAGCUCAAAAGGAUGCAGCUGAAGGGGAACUUGAAAGGCUUGAAAGAAGUGUAGAAGAAAAGACACUUCAAGUUCAACAGCAAGAGGAGAAAGUCAAGGAAUUAAAUGAGCAAUACCACAAAUUUAAAUCUUUGCUUGAGCAGAAAGGGUUUUCUGUCAGUAGGAGACAAAAUACUACUACUACUUAUGAGAUGGUUACAAAUGUCAAUUCUAGUACUAGAUAUAGAAGAAGACAUGAAACCAAAAAUGUCUUACAAUUUAUACAUGGGGGAAAAGAAGGAUCACUCUAUGGGGCUUGGGAUUAUGUGUCAUCUACUGCUGACAAUCAAACCAUGGAUAAGCUGAUUUCAGGGCUCAAACGGGGAAAAUAUAUCCAAGGCUUGUUUGACAAGACAAUGAAGCACUAUCAAAAUUCAGAAGAGGCUUUGAAGCAAGCUGUGCUUAUGAAGUACCAAAACUUUUUGUCUAGAAGAAAGUAUGCCCUUGUCUGUAAAACUCAGUCCUCAGUUUUUGAUCCCAAUUCUGAACUCUGGGUGCCUCGCAACAUGAAAUGUUUAGGUCUGGACUUAAGGGUUCCAUGUAUAACUAUUUCUGAUAAGCGGGUGGAAAAUUUUGUGAAGAGUCUUGACAUUGGCCAUGUCAAUCAAAUCCCCAAUGCAUCAGGUGUUUCUAGAACAAUAACUGGGUUGGUAUUUAUGGUAAUUGAUUUGCACUUGAGACUUCCUCAUUUGUCACGUAAACUCACUUGGUUCAAUGAGAACACAAAUCAUUUUAUAUUUCAAUUUUCUGAUGAUGGGGCUCCUGAGUCCAGCCAACUAACUAUGUCAAUAGGAAGUCUGACAUGUUGGAACUUUGGGGAUAGGGUAAGAAGUAGGGAUUUCCAAUAUAUUUUACACUGUGUCAGUUUGGGGGAAAAACAUGAGGUGCUUGAAAGUAUUUGGAAGCAACAUACUGAUGAAAUGGAAAUGUUAGACGGUAAUGUUUUUAAUGUUUGUGACAGGCAAUGUACUUUAGAGUUUCAGCCAAGUGCUGAUAUGAGCCGGCAGAGCUGGGCUAAUAAUGAAUUAAAUCAAGCUGCUACUUAUCCUUCUCCUUAUGCUAAUGUUAGCAAAGGAAACAUGUGUACCAUGGGUGCUACAAUUGGGUUGAGGGAAGAAGAUUUAUUUAAGCCAUUUACUCUAGAAAUCAGGAAAUCUCAUGUUAACAAGGUUGACAAUUUCAUGAAUUCAUUGCCGUCUAAUUUGUCUGAGAAGAAUCGCCAUGCCAGAAAACUAAAGUUUAUGGCAGAAAGUGGGAUACGGCAGUUAGGUCCACCCCGGAUUGGUAUUUUUGCAGACCGACAGCGGCCAGAGCCUGUCCACUGUGAAAUUAAUGCAUGGCAGCAUUUAUUAAACAUCAUUUACAGAGAGGCAGUACAGAGAGGUAAAUUUACAGAGUUUAUUGAUAUCCUGAGUGCCUCAGCUGUAGGACAGAGUACUCAUCAGGGUACUGUCCCUGAAAAGCCAAGGGUUUUUGUUUCUCAUGAUGAUGGAGGAGGGGAGAGAUCCACUCAAGUUGAUAUUGUGAAUGAUUCUAACACAAAGUUUGUAAGUGGUCUAGGUAAUGCAAUAUCAAGUUUCCAAAAAGACAGUUCCAGUGAGACUGGUUGUGGGUUGGGAUAUUUAGCUUCUGUAGUUAAGGAACACUAUAGUGAUGAGGCCCAGAGGCAUAACAAGCUUCCAGUACGGUUAAUAGGAGAUCAGGCCAUUGCCUUGGCAAACUUCUCUUACAGGCUCAUUGAUAGCCUCAAAAUUGUAGAGGAGUCCCCAGCACAGAAACUAAAAAGAUUAGUCUUGGGCAAAAUUGCCCAGUUUCUUAGAAAUGCUGGUGCUUUAUUCAACAAAAUUGAAAUUUGUGCUGUUGACCUUGGUCAGCUUAAGGAAUUUUGCACUUUAUAUUUUAACCUGUAUGUAUUAUUUUUUGAAAUGGAUGUAAAUGUUACGGUUUGUUCAGUAGGAUAUGCCAUACCAUAUCACGCAGCUAAUUUGUAUGAAAAUUAUAAAGUAGGUUAUGGAAUUAUAUCACUACAGGCAAAAGAGGCAAAGCACUCAGGGAUAAAAAAUGACUUGGACCUGACAAACAGAUCUAAUGCUGCAUCUGAUAAAGGUAAAUGGUGGCAGGUUAUGAGGGCUAACUAUGUAAGAGCAUUUUAUUUGCCGGAACAUCAGCCAAUGCCAAAUUCUUACAUUUCUCAUUACAAGUCUCGCCUUCCUUCUCACAUAAACUCUGAAAUAUUUUGCAACUGUGGAAGGGCUAAAGAAAUGAGUGACGACACAUGUCUGGUAUGUGUAGAUGCCAGGGUGAUUGUGGAAUGUGCAGAAAAAGAGAAACUUCUACUGGAAGUAGUUGAAAUGUUGAAACCUGUUUUGUGCUCUGAGUGCAAUGAAAGAUUUCCAGAUACUGUAAGUUGUCAAGCUCAUCAAAGGAUGCAUUCAAGAGAGAGACAGUCUAACACAAACAACCCUGAUAGCCGCAACUUGCACCCUAAAACUAUGAAAGUAAGUGACCUCAAAAAGGAGCUGCAAAGUAGGCAAUUAAGCACCACUGGAAACAAAGAAAUUCUUACCAGACGCCUUGAAGGUGCAUUAACAAAGGAGGUAAAUUAGGACUUUUUACUUCUUGUAUUGCGAGAAAGCUCCAUAAGCACAGAUGGACAGGUUAAUUUGCCUCACAGAAAAUGUAUCAACAAUCAGUAAUAUUAUUGUGUCAUCAUUAACUUGGUCUUUUACAAAUUACGGUACAUCAUACUGCCAGUUGCAAAAACUCACAUGGCAUUAUUAUUAAUAAGUACUUAUUACGGAGCCAUCUUGCAAUACAAUAAGAAUAAAAUGUAACUUUAUUACUCAAUACAUAAUUAACAUAUUUCAUGUCAGAACAUGUUGUAAUAUAUAUAAAAUAUUGUACACAGUAUACUCGUCAAUGUACAUUUUACAUUAGUCUUAUUUUCAAUAUUAUAACGGUAUUUGUAAUUAUAUUUGCACCUAAAUUAUUCAAAAAUAAAAAUAAAAAAUUCAUGUCAAAUAAUUAAAAAGUGUACAUCACAACCUGCCAAGAGUUUGAAUAAAUGACUCAAUGAUUCAUGAGGUUUUGCAACGUCGAGUCAAUCACAAAAUCGUCUGCCGUAUACCGCUGAAUAUAGAAAGUCACUAUAACUUUCUGGCUCUUAAGGUUAAAAUCAAAAAUAAAAGGAGUAUUAGUGCUAACAACCACAGCUGACCUGCCUUUAUACGAAAAUUCCUCUUUUCCUUUCGAACCUGGUUUUCUGGUGAAAUGUCUCUUUCUCAGAACAUCUUGUCCCUCAAACCGAGCCAGAGAAAACACCUUUUCGACCGAUUCCAUGCUGGAAAGUGUGGAAAUAAUUUUUGAUUUGUUUACUUCCAAUUUUACCUCCCCACCAUAACCUCGGAAUAAUAUGGUUAUGUGGCGAAAUAUCGGCCAAGGAAUGAACAAAAUUACGGGGCUUGCCAGCGAUGUUGCCUUGGAAUGUGACAACUUGGUGGAGAUCUGCUUUCCGAUUUCAAACAGAUAGCUGUCCACCAAAGGACCAGACAGCUCCAGUUUGUUGCCACAAACCUCUUCCAGUCCACCGUUCAUGUUCCCCAUGCCAUAGUUUGGUCAUCCUCUGGCCCGUCUGACUGCCUUUAUCCACUCACGCUCAAACGAAAACUUCAUUUCUACUUCAUUAUUAUUCCAAAAUUUUUUCCCCCUCUCUGUGAGCUCUGUUUGGCCUUUCAAAUCGAAUACUAUAUCACUUAUAUUGGCCACCAUUUUGUUUUAAUUUUUGUCUUUUACACUCAACCAUGGUAGUUACAGCUGACAAUUAUGAGCCCGCGCUUCCGGGAGGAAAAUGCAUAGCAACGAGCCACCGUGAAAAUUCAUAUGACAUCACAUGCAAAACAACACACAAAUGCGUUACCCAAACCCUCCAGAGGAAAUUGGCAAUUUACAAACCCCCCAAUUGCUAAAAUGGCUUGGCUACAAAGCAAUAAUGUAUGCCCAUUCAUUUGGCCGCUAAAGAGGCCACAAGUGUUUUGGUACCUAGAUCUUCCUGGCCACUUUUCAUCCACUUUCUCCCUGGCCACUUUCCAUCCACCACUUUCCUGGAUGGCCAGAUAUUUAUCUGGCCAAGUUUUAAGUACAUCAAAUUAAUCCAUGAAAUAAAUAUUCUACUUACAGUCGACUGAGAAAUUUUAAACAGUGUGCAAGAUGAAUUUCAGCAAACCGUUGCCUCAGUCUGCACAUUACCAGAAAAAAUUCUUCUGAAGGUGUUAAAGUCCUUGGCCUUCCUUGCUUUACAGAAUUACCAGCAGCAGCCUUUGGUAAAUCAUCUUGGCUAGACAACCAGUAUUUAAUAUUUAUUCCAUUGACACCAGGAUUCAAAUAUUCAUACAGAGCCAUCAUUGUUUGGACAUUUGGAAACCCAGUAUAAAAUGUAAACAAAGAGUCAUCUGUUUUGACGUUGUCAAAUGAAAACAUGUGCUUCUCGAGUUUCUCGCAUUUUUGCCAGAGAAGAGCAAUGUUUUCCUUUAGAGAUAACACCUCGCUCUCUAACUUUUCUUUCAUUUUAACAGUUGCGGCUAAAAGUUUCUCGAGUCAUGCAAUUUCCGGAUUUUCUUCGGACUGCAAAUCAAAAUUUGAGGAAGAUUGCAGUUCUUCAAUUUCCGGUGGGAGGUGUGAGUUAGAUGAGCUUUCUGAUGUCUCCAAAAUUUCGCUCAAACUGGCAGUCUCCACAACCUCACUAAUAUUUUCGUUUAAGUUGUGUGAUACAGUGGCGGCUGUACUGGGGAUGCGAGGCACUGGAGGCAGUCGCUUGCGAGGUGAGCUUCAUUUCCAAGUGAAAACUGAAGGAACAGCCCCUUUCCUCAAGAAAACUGCGCAAUUGAAACUCUUGUUUAAAUCUUCAGAUUUGAAGUGCCACGAGCAAACUUUAGUAGUAUUUGAAAUCUGGAAAUUUUUUCCCUCAUCUCUCUGAAUAGCAUGAAUCCACAACUUUCUCAACCCUUCUUCGGUGGGAAAUUUAAAGUAAGAAACCUGCCUCUGGUCUCUUCCUUGUGAUAUCUUUUCUUUGUACGUAGCAGCACACAGCAAUGCGUGGGCAUCUUAGGUGCUGCUGAAAACACUGCCAGCCAAAUAGCUGGAACUGCCUAUGGAUUUUCUGAACUUUUUCCAAGAACUAUAUUAAAAAACUGAAAAGAAUGAGUUUUUCCUAUGUAACAGCACAGCUAAGUAGCUCUCAACAUCUAGUCGCUCUAUAAGUAAACAUUACCCUGGCCUUUCCGAUCUCGUUUUCAUGCCCUUGAGGCUAGACCGUUCUGUGCAGCAGCCAUUUAUGAAUACGAUGUAUAGUUUGUCACUCUGAAACAGACAUGGAUAAAUCAAAUUUCAAUAACAUCUACGUAUCUUUGAAACAAAGGAAGCCAAAGUAAGGUUAUAUCAAUUUUCAAGCUUUAUAUGACAGCUUAUGUGUAUGCAGUCAAGAACUCACCUUUAGUGCAACAGGAAUUCUGCAAACUCGCUUUCAGUUCUUUCUUCAAAGCCAAGAGAAUGCUUUUGUCCUUUCCAGAGGUUAAAAACGGACUCUCAGACGAAUCAUCUUCAAGGAACCCGGUAACUCCGAUCAUCCGACUCGACGGUGCAAAAAGGCUGCCAUCUUGUCUUGCACUCGUCGGCUUCAAACAACUAAUUUUAUAAAUAUACACCGAAUAUAUACAAAAUAACACAGGAAAGCUAUAGAAUGAUAAACAGGGAACGUAUUUACACCGGCUGAUUAAAAUAUAUGUACAGGAUUGUAAUGAAAAAAGGCGAUGGUAAAAGGUCUUUGAUGUUUUUGUAAGUUUCGUGUCACAUGAAAUUCAGAUCAGUGAGAGCAGUGCGCAAUGCAUUUUGGGUGAAUGUGGGCCUUUAAAAUAAUUAGUUAAUAUGUUUGUUUAUUAUGUAAUACAAUGUAGCUGUGACAAUGCUGCAGCUACUGUCUGAUGUUAACUACACAUAGGAUGGGUUGCAGAACUCAGCUUCCAAGUCAGUUUGUUCAAUGACCUUAGUGCAGCAAUUAUAAUAUUAAUUUAUUUAACCUUGCCUCACUAAAAUACUAACUUAUAUAAUCACAUCUUGUUGCCUGUAAAUACAGAGAAACCAAACAAAGCAUUACAAUCGUAAUAAAUGAUUGAAGUUCUGCAUCCACUCACACUAAACUGAACACUUUUAUGUACAGUGUAUGUUUCCAUUAGUAUUGAGGAACACUCGGAAGCUGCACACAUGCAGUUGUUUAUAGAACUUUUCACGCAUAAAUAUCUCUGUCAUAACAAUGGUCUCUGUGUUCUACAACAAUUUAUACACAUGCAAUAUACACUACCAACUGUAGUUUCUUAAAAAUCCCAUGAAAUACUCAUGAAAGAUCCAUGAAUCUUGUUUCAAUUUCCUAUUUUCAUGGCCUCACGGAAAGCCAUUAAUUUUUAAUGAAAAUUCUUUCACAGCCCAUGGCCAUGAAAAUUCGUCACUGAUCCAGAACAAAAAUUAAUGGGUCAUUAAAAUAUGUUUUCAUGGCCGUGAAAUUCAUUAAUAAAUCAAAGUUAACUGCCGCGACCCUUCAAUCUAUUGCACUUAAUUAGAUCAAGUGCAAGUCACCAAAGCUGCCAAAACCAGUUCAAAGGGCUAUAAAGGAAUUGAAACAACUGGACAACAUCGAUGUCACAAAGCAGUAUAGAGGUACUGGUGUAGUCAUCAUGAACAAAUCUGACUAUGUUAACUUGCUAAGUCAGGUAUCUAUCAAUGAUACAUCGAAGUUCACCCCCAUCAGCUUGCUGAGACCAAAAAUGAGAGGCGGACCAGGAAAACAUUACCAUCCCCUGUUGCAGAACUCAAAUCUUUAGGAUGGAAGAUUUUGCCAAAGCAGAUUGCUGAUUGUGUUUGCCAGUCAGGCUCACGUCUUGCCCAUCUUUAUGGAGUCCCAAAGACACACAAAGAGAAACUCUCAGUGAGACCUACCAUAUCUGCCAGUGGUACUUAAGACUAUGCCCUUGCCAAGUGGCUUGAAAACCUGAAGCCCCUGUCAGUCAAUCACUAUACAAUAGCAAAUACCUUCUCUUUUGCCCUAGAAAUUCAAAACCUAGUCAUCGACAACAAUGACAUUCUGGUAUCCUAUGACAUCGUGUCUCUAUUCGCUAAUGUACUACUUCAAGAAACUAUCAAAAUCAUUACUGAAAUGGCAUGCGUUGACAAGUGGUUUAACGUUGCACACAAUCUUAACAUUGUAAAUGGUUUGAACCCAAUCAAUCAUACAACAAUCAUACAAAGUUCUAGUUCUCGGACAGAACUUUCUGCAAUUACACUGUACAUACUUCUAUUUAAAUUAUGUCACAUUGAAAUUCCUUCAAUCAGCUGAAAAUCCCGACAAUUUCUGCGGAAAAUGAAUUCUAGUAAAUAUUGUGCGUGUUGUGCCGCGCAGUCUGCAACUGCUGGAAGAAAAUUCAACAAUUAAACGAGACUUACCUGUAAGUUGAAGUUUGAUUAGAAUUCUAUCUGUCACCAAGCACUGAGGGAUUACGUGAGAUAGCAUUGCGCCUGCGUGAACUCAGUUUUUAAAGCACUUAACCAUGUGGGCAGUGGAAAAUCCAGCACCAAACCACGAAAGGGUUGGGCAUGAAACGUAAUUUGUGACUCCUUGCUUGUCAUAUCCUCAAGAUUUAGCAUAUGUAUGGUUUGCCCACGCUGGGCCGAAACUAAAGACAUUAACACAACUGUUUUCAAUGUCAAGUCUUUAAGAGGAACA